UAUGGAUGGAUGUAUCAUUAUCACAUUUUCCUCCUCCAGCGCUUUUGACUUCCCUUUAUCCUUUCACAUUCAUCGCCAAAUCCAAUCCAAGUCCUUCACUCCUCUCUUCAUCGCUCAUUAAUUUCUCAUUAUUGCGAGCGGCUUACUGAUGUUUGGGACGAUUUCAGAUCUGUUCGGUUGAUUUGAUGUUUCAUCGCGGAAGGAGGUAAUGGAAAGCGGUGGCGACUACGGCGUGAAGCUCGAGCCGCAUAAUCUGCGAGAUUUACUGAGAAUCAAGGAGGAUGAUCAUCGCAAUAAUUUCAGGCAGAUCAGCUCUUCCAAUGGCGGAGGCAGCUGCGGCAGCUCUUCUGGUCUAACAUUACUCGCCCUCCUCAACGAUAAGGUCGCAGGACCGCCUUCGCCUGCAGACGAGCCGUUGAGAAACGUCCAAUCGUCGCGGACGCUGUAUGACAUCAUCCGCGAGGAACGUUUGUUAGGGUACGGCGGUGGCCGGAGUGAUAGCGGAAGGAGCUGGCGGCUGUUGAGAGACAAGAUCCGCCGUCGCCAAGGGGCCACCGCCUCUUGGUCCAACCCAGAGACCACCGAUGUUCCUCUCAACAAUCCACACCACAGGAAUCGGACGCGUCGCCACUCAGACCGGUUUGACUCUCUCGCCACCACCUCGGUCGAGUCUACUACUCAGCCUAGUACUGUUUCUUCCCCCGCCCCCGCCCCCGAGUCAGAUAUAACCGAUCCUAUCUCUGUCCAGUACCGUAGUCCUAUCCUGGAAACAGAAUGGACGACCGGAAGAUUCAGGCAGACAAUGGCGCCACCGCCGACGAAUAGUAGGUCGGUUGUCGGGGAAGAAUUAGCAGCCGAACACAACGCGGGGGAAGGGACAGAUCAAUCCGGCGCGGGGGAGCAGCCAGCGAGAACGUCGUUGAUGACACUGCUGGCGGAGAACGAUCGACAGAUGGGAUUAAAGCGGUCGGCGUACGUGAUGUGCGAGGAAUUGAAGGCUGCAGCAGCAGCGGCAGAGGGGGAGGGGGAGGUGGAGGCCGGCGAGGAGGCAGCGGAGUACAAUAACUGCUGCGUGUGUCUGGUGAGGCACAAAGGGGCGGCAUUCAUUCCCUGCGGACACACCUUCUGCAGGCUGUGCUCCCGGGAGCUGUGGGUGCAGAGAGGCACUUGCCCAAUCUGCAACAGUCAAAUACUAGAAAUUCUCGAUAUCUUCUAAUCAAAUUCAAUUCAAAAUCCUCCCCACACCAGACCCUUCCUUCCCUACUCAAACACUAUCUGCUACGCUACAUAUUUGCCCGGAGCACCCUUUUCAACGCUUUAUUAUUAUUAUUAGUCACCACCUCUUGUUUCAUAAUUGUGUUGGGUGAUAUAUUAUACUACACUUUUUAUUUUUUA